AUGUCCAUCGGCGACGCCUGGUCCAAUUUCAUGGGCAGCAUGAACAAAGAGCAAUCCUUCGCACUGCUCGACGCCUUCGUCGCCGCCGGCGGCAACUUCAUCGACACAUCGAACAACUACCAAAACGAACAAUCCGAGACCUGGAUCGGCGAAUGGAUGACCGCCCGUAAGAACCGUGAUCAAAUCGUCGUCGCUACUAAGUUCACCACCGACUACCGCACCUGGGAACUGGGAAAGGGCAAGGCGCCUAACGCGCUGGGAAACCACAAGCGCAGUAUGUUCAAUAGCGUGCGCGAUUCGCUGCGCAAGUUGAAUACCGAUUAUAUUGAUGUGUUGUACCUGCAUUGGUGGGAUCAUACCACCUCAAUCGAGGAGAUUAUGGACUCGUUGCAUAUCCUCGUCGAGCAGGGUAAGGUCAUGUACCUGGGUAUUUCGGAUAGUCCGGCGUGGGUCGUCUCUGCGGCGAACACAUAUGCCCGCGCGCAUGGCAAGACGCCCUUCUCCGUGUACCAGGGUCGGUGGAACGUGAUGCGCCGCGAUUUCGAGCGCGAUAUCCUGCCCAUGGCGCGACACUUUGGUAUGGCGCUGGCACCGUGGGAUGUCCUGGGUAGCGGCCAUUUCCAGACCGCCAAGCAGAUUGAGGCACGCAAGGCGAGCGGCGAGGGUCUUCGCAGCAUUAUGGGAGCUGAUCAGAGCGAGGAUGAGCGACGCAUCUCAGAGGCUUUGGCGACUGUUGCUGCAGAGCAUGGUAUCGAGUCGGUCACGGCUAUCGCGCUGGCCUAUGUGAUGUGCAAAAGUCCCAACGUUUUCCCCAUCGUGGGUGGCCGCAAGAUUGAGCAUCUGCACGACAAUAUUCAGGCGCUGUCGAUUCGUCUGACUGAGAAGCAGAUUCAGUCCCUCGAGUCUGCCACCGAGUUUGAUGUGGGCUUCCCCACUAACUUCAUCGGUCAGGAUCCGGCCACUACGAAUGGCAAGGCUAGCUUCCUUGCCCAGACUGCUGGACACAUUGACUUUGUGAUGGCUCCCAAGGCAAUUGGCUAUGAGCCUGGUCAUUAA